AAGUUCGCUUUCCUUCUCGUUUCGCUCGCCCACGAUUUGCUCGUCUCAGCUCCAUGAUCGCACCUAGCAACUUCCUCGAAACCAUAUAGAUCAACCCCUCUCUCCCCCUCUCUACCUCUCUCUCUCUCUCUCUCGCUCACAUCGGUUGCUUCCUCGUUCUGCGUUAAUGGGAGUUUGAAUCCAGCGUCGGAAUCAUCGGCGGACGAGACAGACUCAAUACUGAGCAGCUCAUUUUACCUCUCUCCCGAGAUUGGCGGCCGAAUCCAGACUCUUGCUGAGCGAUUGGAGUGAGGGUUUUUCCCCAUUCGCGUUUGAUUGGUCAAAUUAGGUCGGCGUUUCGUAUCGUCGGGGAAUCUUGGUCCGGCGCUUAGACGAGGAUGAUGGCUUGGGUGGUGGGUUAGACUGUUGUGCUUGUGUUAUUGAUGAGACGCCGUUCGCCGACCAGUGUUGCGUCGGAGCAUAUGGAGAAGGGAACGGCUAAGAGCCAGCACCCCCGCCUCUGUUUCUUGGUUACACUGUCCUUGUUUUUCUGGGUUCUGCUUCUGUACUUCCAUUUCGCAGUUCUAGGAAGUAAUCCUUUUGAUGAAUCCGCCAUGGUACCCGUGCCGGUUAGGACCGAACUCAGGCCUUCUCACAGGAUCAAUGACCCUUCGCUGGAAAUCCGCAAGAGAGCUGCGCCGGUGAAGGAGAGCCAUUUGGAAACUCCCAAAGUGGCGGAUUCCACCAAAUUGGAACCCAUAUCGGUUAGAACCGAAUUCAAGCCUCCUCAUAGGACUGAGGACCCUUCGCCGGAAAUCCACUCAAGCGCUAUACCAGUGAAGGAGAGCCAUUUGGAAACUCCCAAAGUGGUGGAUUCCCCAAAACGGGCAACUAAAAGGAAAAGAGAGAGUUUCCCCUUCAUGAGAGCAUUGAGAACUACAGAGAACAAGAGUGAUCCGUGCGGUGGGAGGUACAUAUAUGUCCAUGACCUGCCGCCUAGGUUUAACGAGGACAUGCUCAAGGAGUGUAGGAAGUUAAGCCUCUGGACCAAUAUGUGUAAGUUCACCAGUAAUGCCGGGCUUGGUCCACCACUUGAGAACGUCGAAGGUGUGUUCUCGAAUACGGGAUGGUACGCGACAAAUCAGUUUGCUGUUGAUGUUAUUUUCAACAAUAGGAUGAAGCAGUACGAUUGCUUAACGCGUGAUUCUUCCAUUGCCUCUGCUAUAUUUGUACCCUUCUAUGCUGGAUUUGACAUUGCGAGGUAUCUCUGGGGUUACAACAUAUCUGUGAGGGAUGCCGCAUCUCUUGAUUUAGUUGAAUGGCUAAUGAAGAGGCCGGAGUGGAACAUCAUGGGAGGGAAGGAUCACUUUCUUGUUGCUGGGAGGAUCACAUGGGAUUUCAGGCGGCUAAGUGACGAAGAAAAAGACUGGGGCAAUAAGCUUCUCUUUCUCCCUGCCGCAAGAAACAUGUCUAUGCUUGUUGUGGAGUCAAGUCCAUGGAAUGCGAAUGAUUUCGGCAUUCCUUAUCCGACUUAUUUCCACCCAGCAAAAGAUGCUGACGUAUUUACCUGGCAGGACAGGAUGAGGAAAUUGGAGCGCAAAUGGCUGUUCUCCUUUGCCGGCGCUCCUCGUCCAGACAACCCAAAAUCAAUCCGAGGACAAAUCAUUGAUCAGUGCAGGAACUCUAAGGUCGGCAAGCUGCUAGAGUGUGAUUUUGGGGAGAGCAAGUGUCAUUCUCCAAGCAGUAUUAUGCAGAUGUUCCAAAGCUCCCUUUUCUGCUUGCAACCACAGGGUGACUCAUAUACGAGGAGAUCUGCUUUUGACUCGAUGCUGGCAGGUUGUAUACCAGUCUUCUUCCAUCCAGGAUCAGCCUACACUCAGUACACCUGGCAUCUUCCAAAAAAUUACACAAAGUACUCCGUCUUUAUUCCCGAAGAUGAUAUAAGAAAGCGCAAUGUUAGCAUAGAGGAGAGGCUUCGACAAAUAUCUCCUGAGCAGGUGAAGAUAAUGAGGGAGGAGGUCAUAAAUCUCAUUCCAAGGCUUAUCUAUGCAGAUCCACGCUCGAAACUAGAGACUCUAAAGGACGCUUUCGAUGUAGCUGUGCAGGCCGUCAUUGACAAGGUUACGAGGCUGAGAAGGAACAUUAUUGAAGGUCGUACUGAAUAUGACAACUUUAUUGAAGAGAAUAGCUGGAAAUAUGCCUUGUUAGAGGAGGGACAACGUGAAGCGGGAGGCCACAAAUGGGAUCCUUUCUUCUCGAAGCCAAAGGAGGGCGGGGGAGAUUCUGGAGGUUCCUCUGCCGAAGUUGCGAAGAAGUCUUGGAAGAACGAGCAGAGAGACCAGUCAUGAUGUGGAGGCUUCAUUUUUCCUGAAGAAGCUUUACCUAGUGCCGAUGCAUGGUGAUGCCUCUAGAUGGAGCUCACUUCAAGAGAGAUUCCAACUGAAGGCAAGAGUAGAACGGCUCUCCGAUGACAUAUUUUUGAAGCCAAUAUGCCGCUCGGUUCAGCCUUUUAGGUCCGCUGUCAUGCUAGGGAAUCAAACACAGAAACAUAGUUGAGUGUCCCAAUCCCGUCUACAUUUUAAUUGUAUCAUGCCUAGUGAUUCUUUAAUUGCGUUCAAUAGAUAUCACAAAUUCCAUGGAUGGAUCUGUUUAAUGUCCAUGUUCGCAAAGUUUGCUGGAACUUUUCAUGAUAAAUAAAGCUUUUCUCUUUCUGGU